AUGCAACACGAUUCAGCCAUGCACUCCAACGACGGCUUCAAGGUCUUCCUCAACAAGGUGAUCCGCCGCAACAGGAAGGAGGUCAAGCAGCGCGGCUCCGAGAUCUCUGCUCCCUUCAACUUCCAAAAAUGCAACCUCGACCUCGCCGGCAUCAGCGCAGAUGAAAUUGCCAUGCUCAAGGAACAAGCAGUCGCGAGCCGCAUCGGCAUCGCCGACUUCGACUCCGACUUCCCUGCCCGCCCUCUCUUCUCCAUUCAGCCCGUCCUUCCUCACACGAGUACAUCUCAACUUUCAACCUCUCAUUUGUCGAACAAUAUUACUAUCAACUACUACUACAACAUCACUACACCACACUACUACCACCACUACACCCUAAUGAGAGCUGGACCUAAUGGAGCUGCAACCGGAAUCACCCAGGCUGCGACUGCAUGGUACUACGAUACCUGGGAUGAACAUUCUUAG